AAAUUUGGGUCAGGGGUGAGGAUUUCUCACGUCACACAAGCUUGCAGGCAAGAUGGCGCUCGGAAAGCUGUGAGAUGUGAGAUCAGAAUGACUGUUUGAAGAGCUCCUGUCGAUGCACUAAGUUUUCAUAGGUGAAGAAAAAGAAGUUGGAAAUGGAAUUGCCAAAUCAUGCCAAACAAUUGCUGCUGCAGCUAAACCAACAAAGAGCCAAAGGUUAUCUGUGUGAUGUGAUCAUCGUAGUAGAGAAUGCCCUUUUUCGGGCCCACAAGAAUAUCCUGGCAGCCAGCAGUAUAUAUUUCAAAUCCCUUAUCCUUCAUGACAACUUGAUUAACCUCGACACAGACAUGGUCAACCCGUCGGUUUUCCGGCAGAUUCUAGACUUCAUUUACACCGGCAAGCUUUUGUCGUCCGAUCAGUUCAGUGAUCACAAUUUCAAUGCCCUUCUAACGGCAGCAAGCUACCUCCAGCUUCACGACCUGGCUGCUCUCUGCAGGAAGAAGCUAAAGCGUAAUGGGAGAUCCCUCCUUAAUAAACCAACCACCUCUACCAAUGGAAGAAUGUCUAGAAACCAAAGGCUGUCCUCUACAACUGUAACUCCAAGCCAAAUGUCAGGGUUAAAGGACAGUAAUAAAACAAAGAGGCACGAAGAGCUACUCAAAGACGACUUGUCAGAGGAUGAGAUGUUUGUGAGAAACGCCCACUGUGCAGCCUCAGCAAAUUCGCUCAGUCCCUCAAUGAGUAAGAAUGGAAGCAACAGCAGUUGUGGCAUGCAGGAACUUGGCCUAGACCUUUCCAAGAAAAGCCCCUCGGGGAGCACAGCCACUGAAGAAGUAAGUCCUAGCAGUAUCCCACAAGAAUCGCCUCAAUCUGCCUCAGAAUCCACAGCCAACAGUGCCUCAUUUGAUGAGAACACCAACACGCAGAACCUCACCCCUGGAGAGCCCAUGGAGCUUGGCGGAGGAGAAUGUGAAGAGAGCCAACCACCUCCGGCCGUCGACCAGCAUAAAAGUUCCCGGCAGGUUGCCCGUCAGAGGCGGCAACCCAAGAGUGAAGGCGGCAAAGGUGACGAUGCAGAACGAGGAACUUUACCCAACGGAGUUGCAAAAAGAUUGAAAGUGGCUGGGGAGAGGCUCCCUGGAGGAAAUGCCAACUCUGAAGUAUCCUUCCAGUGUAAAGAUGAUGAGGAAGGUUUAGAGAACGGACAGGAGCAAAGUGAAGAGAGUGGACAGAGCGAGAGCGAUGGUGGGCGGAAUAGCACCAAUUACGUCUACCGUCAGGAAGGCUUUGAGCCUGCCCUCGGUGACAACCUUUACGUUUGCAUCCCCUGUGGUAAAGGCUUCCCAAGUUCAGAGGAGCUGAACGCCCACGUGGAGACCCACACGGAGGAAGAGUUGUACAUCAAAGAGGAGGAGGAUGAUUCAUAUCCAAAGGAAGAUGAAGUUGAAGCAGAAGACUUGUCUUCACAAAUAUCCCAUGUCCACAGCACUGAGUCGCGUCGCUUCAGCUGCUCGGUCUGCAACAAGAGCUACAAAGAUCCGGCCACUCUUCGGCAACACGAGAAGACCCACUGGCUCACCCGUCCCUUCCCCUGCAACAUCUGCGGCAAGAUGUUCACUCAGCGUGGCACUAUGACCCGCCACAUGCGCAGCCACCUGGGGCUGAAGCCAUUCGCCUGCGACGAGUGCGGCAUGCGCUUUACCCGCCAGUACAGGCUCACGGAGCACAUGCGGGUUCACUCAGGUGAGAAGCCCUACGAAUGUCAGCUAUGUGGGGGCAAAUUUACCCAGCAGCGUAACCUCAUUAGCCACUUACGAAUGCAUACCUCCCCGUCAUAAGCCAAAGACACCUUGAACAGGAGACCCUCAGCAAAAAGAGUCAAUGCACACUUCUUCCUUUUGAAGUAGACCGCAAGGAGCCAAUAACCCAAAGGAGGAUUAUCUUCUGCUAUAAAUGACAGGAGGAGCCUUUCAAACAAUGAGCCCCAAAAAUGGAAAGAAUAACCAAGUCGGUAUGAGUUUAUGGGCUUCUGAUUUUCUUUUUCCUUUUUGAAAUUUGCUGUGAAUGUAAAACUGGGGUACUUAUGCUGUUGUAUGAUUCCCUGGGAUAUUGUGACCACUCUCAACCACUGCAAUCCAUGCGUUUCUUUUACGAUAUGUCUUGAGUCCAUGUGGUCUGUUUGGUACAUUUUUUUGGUAACCCAGAAAUAUUACUUCUUUCCAUUCUUGGUCCUUGAUGUAGUACCACUCUCGAGAGUUCUGGUGGUAUAUUUUAUGUAGAACUCUCAGCAAGGUUUGGGCUUGUACUGACCAAGUUCUUCUAUACACAAAGGUUAUAAUUCUUUGAAGUGUCUCCUAAGAUAGUGUUGUUAGACAUGCCAGAUGGCUUGUCUGUCAUCAUUUAAGUAGUGUUUCAUAAAAGCUUUGUGCAUCCAACCAAACAUUUCCCAGUAUACCUACUCUGCACGUAACAUCCAUUGGCUUUAUUCUAGGUGUAGCUGGAAAACAGGGUCUUUGAUAAGUUUUGUAUUGGGGUUGAUGAUAUGGUUAUCAGAUUUUGCAUGGUUAUAACCUAAUGUGCCCUGCUCCUACAUCUGGAUGCAAGCCAAUGGCAAAGUGGUGACGAGAGGCAAUGGGUAUUUACUCACAUAGUAUAUAGGGGUUUACUCUCAAAAAAAAGCCAAACUUAAAGGUACUUUUAGAUUUCUUUAGAUAACUUAUUAAUAUGGUUCUGUGAAUGUUUCCUUUAUUUCUUUUGGGAAAAGAGAAGGUUGAGUUUGUUUGGGUGAUGGGUUGGGCAUGGUUCAUUAAAUUCUGUCAGUACUGUUAUUUUUUUAAGUUUUUGAUUUAUGUUUUUCCCUUCAUUGAACAAGGCGAGUCUGUACGGUCUUGUCUCAUUGCUACCUCUUAAUUAAGAACAAUACCUUAAUUGGAACUAUGGAGGUCUCUGAAUAUAGAUGUAUAAAGUUUGCUGAGGCUUUCCAAGUAGUAGUAACCUGCCCAUCAACGAAUGUUUUAAGUUUUAAAAGCAUUAAUGUAGAGAAUAGCUUCUUUGGGCGCAUGUAUUUAAGGUAUUGAGAGUUUUAUGUCAGAGAUAUCCAAAGAAAAAUUUAAUAUUGGGGAGAAUGGCUUACCAACAGACGUUUCCUAUAGAAUAUCCCUACCAAAGUUUUUAGACUGCAUUGCGGGAGGUAAGGAUGUAGUUUUGUCUUUUAGUUCUUGAUGAAGAGCAAUGUAGUGGGAUGUUAGUUUGUACUUGACAUUUUACUAAAAACCAAUGAACUUUUUCUCGUGGUUGGUGGGCCACUGGCUUUCCUUUUUUUUUUGUUUUUUUUUUUUUGUUUACAGUAGUUUCUCAAGAGAGUCUUUUGGAUUCUUUCUUUUUCUGCAGAGAGACUUUGAAGAACUUCAGAAGGACUCAUUUAUUUUAGUUCAGACCAAGAAAAAACAUAUAGUGAGUGUUGAAAGGUUCUCGUGUGAAAUGUCGACCAUACUUGAAAAGCGUACUGAAUGAGGAGGAAUUGAUGCACUGGAUUGCUAAUUAGCCAUCAGCCCAAAAUAAAACCUUGUUCUAAAACCACGCUAAGUUACAUGACGGCAAGUAAAAACCAUCAUCAUUUAUUAAUUCAAGGUAUUAUGUAAAAUAUGCAUGUUGAAAAUAAUUUUAGGUUAUUCAAAAUGCUGAUAAUUGUGUCGGGUGAAUGUUACAUGAUCAGUGUUGGGUAAACGCUGAUGGAUGUAUUUAUAGUUCAGUGCUGAAUUCUUCGCUGCCAUCUUCAUUUCAUAACUCGUUUGCAGAUUAAUUAUUGAUCCAAUCCCAGUGUAUCACAUUCCAUGAGUAAUUCUUAGCUUUCUUAAUGUAAAAAAGUCUUAAUGGCAUUCCUUUUUUGGGAUUUUUUUUUUUGUGUGUGUUUUGGGCUUGCUAAUGAUGAACUUUGGGGUUCAGCUGUAGUCAUGUUAAAGGAGCAUUGUUUACAGACAUCUUUUUCCUGGAAUCCUUUUGGUCUUGAAUUUGCCUACUCAAUUUGUUUUUAAGUUGAAAGUUGUCUCCAUUAGUUAUUCAGAGUCAAUACUUUGGAGACGUGCAACGUUAAUAUAUUCAACUAAUUCCAUUUACGUUCAGUGUUCAUGUGAUUUCAGCACAGCACCAAAGCUAGUCACCAAAAUAUCUUAUUUUCUAAGUUGUGCAUGUCUUAGGUGUUAGGUUUUGUUUUGUUACAGUAUAAGUGCGCUCUGGCGUUGAUACACACCUCAACUCAGGGAGACAUGUUAAAUAUUUUUUGUUGUCAAAUGUACUGAACAGGAUUCCAGGAAAAAGUUCCCAAUGAUAUCUUGCUAAAUUAUGAGCACUAAAUUUGAAUACCAUCAAUAAACGAUGUCUUGGGGUGCUACGAGGCUCUGUUGUUGAUUCCAGCGUUUGAGACUACAGCUGAGAGAACUGGGAGAGCGGAAAAAAGGAUGACAAAAAGUUUCAAACUGUGACAAUAAUGUUUCUACUUCGAAGCUUCAGGGAUAGUUCUGCAUAUUUUGAAAUGCAGAGCUUUCGACUACAUUUGUAAGACUGUGUCAAUACUGUGUCAAUUUCUGUAUUUUAUUGAUGAAAAGCAAAACACUAGUUUCCUACAAAAUAGAUUUUACGAGUUUGUUCCCAUUUCAAAACGCCUUCAAAAAAAAAAAAAAAAAAAACAAAGCCAGAGAUAUACGUAGAAGAGUUUUACUCGUAAGUUCCAGAGUGUUUUUGAGCAAAAAGAAACACAAGCAUUCUAGGAAGCGCAAAAUGUAUAAAUAAGAUGAAAGCUCAUACCCAAAUUUUCAGACUAUUUUCUAAACCAAAGCACAUUUUGAAUGAUUGAUUGACUGACAGCUUGUCUGACAUUAAAGAUACUUGUGUAUAAUAUCUCAUUGUUUACAUAAACUCUUUACAGUCAUAGACCUCAGGUGAGGAGAGGCCAGUUUGGACCUGCUUCUGUGUAGGUCACUGUUUUUAAACGAAUCGUAACCUUGUGUCUUACCCUGUGAACGUAGCCGCAUGCUUUUGAUUUUAAUUUUAUUGAUCUGCGACUGGCCCUGCGAUUGUGCUGAGACAUCCCUUCUGAAAAUCAUAUUGUCGACUGCAUCAUUUUUGUAUGAACCUGCUGCUUUUUCUGUUUUUUUAUUUUUUUUAUUUUUUUAUGUAAAUACGCAUGAAUAAAACAACAUACACAUUUACCUCAAAGUAACUUUUUUUAGAACUUGCUGCAUAUAUAUAUAUAUAUAAAUAUACAUAUAAAUAAAUAUAUUUAAUUUUUUAUUUUUUGAGUCAUAUCUUAUUAUUUGUAAGUGAUAUGUAUUCUGAGCUGCCUGUUUUUUUUUUUUUUUUUUUCUUGGUUCACAAAAGAAGCAACUUAAAAGCCGACUGGCCUCUCCUCCAUCUACAUUGGUGCAAACACUUACUGACAGUGUUCACUUUUUUUUAUCAAAUGUCUAUUGUCAGUGAUGAAUGUAUUUAUUUGUUUGAUCCUGUUUUCACUCUUUAAGCGUUCACUUUGGGUGAGACGACGUGUCUUCAGGGUCUGCAUUUAUUCUGUUGUAGUAAGUUUUUUUUUUUUUUGUAGUAAAAAAAUGACAAGACCGAUCAUUUUCAAACCUGUGAAGACGUAGACAUGAGGAAUGUAUUUCUCCAUGAAGUGUCCAUCAUAAAGGAUGUAUCCCAUAUUGUUUUUGCAUUCUUAUAUCACUCGAUGCAUGCAUGUGCUCUGGAUCAUGUGUUUCCUGUCACAGACUCUUGAAGGCUGUUUGUCGAUUUUAAAUGUUCUCUGUGUGUACGCCUCUGCCUGCCGAUAGGAAGGGACCUUUUAGAAUUCUGUCAAAGGCUUUGAAGGUUGUGUUUUCUGUACUGAAAGCUGCCGUGUUGUUGCACGCUGCGAUUCAAGGCUGCCGAUCAGUUCUGUUUUUUUUUUUCUUGCAUAUACCCAACAGAGCCAAAGGUUUUUCCUAAUAAACACUCACUCAUGUCCUCAUCACUGCAAGAUCGCAUCUUUUUAAGCUUUAUAAAAUGCACUUUCUAAGUUCUCAUUGAGGUCCUUUACGCAGGCGAUUAGCUACAUCUUAUCGGUUCUUUACAGAUUGCAAAGUUGUGAAGCUUUAAGUAAAUGCGAAGAUUCAGAAUCUCACUUGUUUGCUGCUAAAGUGUAGUUCCGAUCUUACAUAUCCCAGAUAGUAUUAUAUGUUGUUUUUGUCAACAUAACUGGUAAGUGUUAGGGACCUCAAGUUACCAAACCAACCCAAAACUAACUAAACCAAAGCCAGAUUUACAAGCAAGUGGACAUGGCUUAAACGCCAUAUUGCAUUGCUGGUCUGUCCACCAUACACGUUCUACUUAAGCAUUCCAAUACCUUUUAUAUGUUGAUUAUAUUUAUUUUCAGUUUGAAUGAGAGUGGUUCAUCAGAUUAGAGGGGAAUGUAGAAGAAAAAAGACAUUGUCACCAGAAGGAGCAUUAGUUUGUGGCAUGAAGACAAGUCGUCCUUGACGAUUAUUAGUGUUUGUGUGUGUUUUCGGUCAGCCUUGAACACGGCUCGCGGACAACACGGUGGUUUUAUGUUCCUCAGACAACUUGUAUUCAGGUCAGAGCUACAUGCAGCUCGAAUUCAGUUUCAUGUGAAUAAACAAGUGUACAGAGCUCAUCUCACGUUCACAGUCUUAAUGUACAGUUAUAUGAGAAGUCAUUUCUUUUCAUUAAAAUCUUGAUCCAAAAA